GAGGUCUCCAUGAAAAUGAGGCAAAGCGGAAGUUAACUAAACGGAGACGGAUAGUGGGUCAGUGAGAUGGGAAGAAUCGAAUCGAAAGUGAAUUCAAUCUACGAUGAAAUGGAAUCAGAAUGGGCAGUGAAGCAGACCUUUCAAAACUCGAUGAGAUUUUCAAUGUACUUAUAAAAUGGAUGAAAGCAAGGAUGUCAAAUUGUUACACGAGCUUUGCUGUCAAGGGAAGUGCCAGAAAGUUAAGGACUUGCUUGAAAAACAUGACAAGGCUAGUUUUCUGAUAGAUAUGAAAUCAGGCAGCUUUGGGUAUACAGCAUUACAUGAAGCUGUUUGCAAUGGAAAACCUGAUGUUUUGGAAAUAUUGAUAAGAUUUGGGGGCAAUGUUAAUGUAAUGUCGAAUGGAGACUACACUCCUUUGCACAUUGCAACAACAAUUGGAAAUACUGAAUGCAUAAAAGUGUUACUGAACCACGGUGCUGACAUCUCAUUAACCGACCAAAAAGGAAGAACUGCCUUGGUUUCUGCUAUAGAAUGCAGGCAAGCUGAAGCCUGUAAGCUUUUGAAAGCUGCAGAGAUGAAUAAAUUUGCAGAAACUGAUGAUCAGAAGCUGACACAGUUGUGUCGUAAAAGUGAACAGGAUCAGGGCAUUGACCAGGCCUGCUUGGAUGCUGUUCUGCAAACUGCAGUUAAGCACAACAGCCAAAAGGCUAUCGUAACGUUGAUCAAGGCAGGCGCUAAGAAUAUCCAAGAAUGCCUACAGGUAGCUUUGAUUUAUCCUGAGCUAUGUGAAUCAGCUGUGUUGCUUUUGAUGUUUAUCGCUUUCAAUGAAAAUGAUGAAGAGCUAGUAAAGCUGCUAUUGACAGACCGUGCUAAAGAAGAGCAAAAAGACGACGGUUCUUUGUUUCCUGAGCUGUUGCAAAGGGUAUACUUCCCAGAAGAAUGGAAUCAUUCCCUUCCCUCAGACACCCUGUCAAAGCUAAGGAUGGCUUGCAAAACAGUCGAUUUCCGGAAUCUGGUGCCAUAUGCUGUUAGACUUAGCCGAAUCAACGUUGCAGAAAUUGUACUUUUGGAAAUGUUUUGUAAUGUUGCUAUAAGGAAAGCAAACUGGCAGGGAAUGGAAUUAGGCCAAUUGACGCAGUUCUUUUUAAGAAGAAUUGAUAACUACCAUAGCCUGAACUUAUCUAGAAAUGCAAUUUCAUCUGUUCCUGCUGAUGUAUGUCAUAUGAGCUGCUUAUCAGAACUCAGUUUGGCGCAGAACAGAAUUGAAAGCGUGCCUAAAGAAAUCUUUGAACUGAAGCUUCUUCGAGAAUUGAACUUGUCAAAGAAUAGAAUCACUAGCUUGCCAACCGUCGAUAAGUGGAGCCCAGCAAUGAAAACGUUGAACCUUCAAGGAAAUAAAUUGAGUAUUUUAGAUGAGUCUAUUGCUCGCUCCAAGCUUGUAGAUUUGAAUUUAGCCGAUAAUGACAUCAAUACCGUACAAAGUUGCCUCUGUGACAUAAGAACAUUGAAAAGUCUUUAUCUAAGUCGAAAUAGAGAAGUUGAAGUACUGCCAGCCGAACUUGCCCGACUUUCCAACCUGACGUAUCUAGAAAUUGAAGAAAUGAAUCAGUUGAUAGAGCCUCCUGUUGCUCAAAGGCAAUGUACGUCUGAUGUGAUGCGAUAUUUGAACAACAAGCUAAGAAAUGCCCAGCCGAAUUCUUCGAUGAAGCUGAUGAUUGUAGGGUCAGCUAACUCGGGAAAAACCACUCUGGCGCACAGAAUCGCCAAAGACUUUAAUUUCAGUCUAAAUGAGUCAACAAAAGGAAUUGAAGUAAAAGACAUAUCGGUGGACGAUGUAAAAUUCAAAUGCUGGGAUUUCGCCGGUCAAGAUGAUUAUUACGCCACACACCAAUGCUUCCUGACAGAACGUUCUUUGUACGUUAUUGUUUGGAAUGUGACUGAGUGUGAGACAGGGCUUGAAACCUUGAGGAUCUGGCUUGAAAAUAUCGAAUCGAGGGUAGAGAAUGCGGUUGUUCUAGUUGUUGGUACCCAUUUGGACAAAGUAAGCCAAGAAGCAAUAAAAAAAGGCUUCGUGGAGGAGCAGGUGAAUAAGGUUUUCGAUUUUAUCCAUAGACAGUUCCAGAAGGUAGCAUGCACGAAAGAAGGAAUAUUCAUCAUUACUUGCAGUCAUGAAAGGAAAAACCGGAACGAAUGUAGUAGAGGAAUUGAAAGGUUACGAAAAGCCAUUUGCAAUGCUGCAAAGAAAGCUGUUUUUGAAGAGAGAAAAUUUGGAGCACUGGAGAUCAGAAGAAAGGUUCCAGUCCUUGGAGAAAUGGUUCCAGCAAGCUUUUUGACUUUAGCAAAAGCUCUGUCCGAGAGACAAUCUGCAAUGAAGAGUGCUGGUAAAAUUCCAGUCCUUACAACAAAGGAGUUCAUUGAGUUUGUUGAGGAAAACGUGAAUGCUAGGCCGCAUGAAUAUUUUGUUCCAGAGGAUGUGCAACGAGCAACACGCUUUUUACAUGACGCAGGCGUUAUUUUGCACUACGACAAUGCCAAUCAGCAGCUGAAAGAUUUGUACUUCAUAGACCCGAAAUGGUUAUUUGAUCUCAUGGCGAAAAUUGUAACUGUAAAUGAGGCACACAGUUUUAUCCGUAAUGGAAUUCUCCUGCAAGAGCAUAUACCUUUCAUUUUCAAAGAUGAUUGUGGCCGAUUUGUUGAUAGGUUUUUUCCUCAGUAUCUGCAACUGGUUACCGACUUCCACAUUGCCUGCCGAAUCGAUGAUCAAAUGGUCCUUGUUCCAUCAAAGCUCCCAAGUCAAUCGCCAUCGUCAGGUUUUCUCAAGCCAUCUUCGCCGCUACUACGACGUGUUCAUACGCUUCCUUAUAUAUCUCAAGGAUUCAGAAGUCGAUUUAUAUGUCGUUUUCUGCUGCAUUUCGUUGAGCUGCUUAAAGUGCAACUAAAUGGACUUUAUCACGGACCCGUUGAUUUGUCAAGUCUUUUAACUCGAAAGAAUUUGAAUUGCUGGCGCAAUGGCAUUGUGUUUAACUCCUCGGAUCUAUUUCUAUCAGUCACACUAAACUCUAUGCAAGAUGGACAUCAUGAAAUUGAGACAGUUGUGACCCGGUCAGUUGCGGGGUACCGCACGUUGGUAUUUGUUGUUGAUCAGAUUGCUACCUUGAUAGUUGAAUGGUACCAUGGAUUCAGUGGCACAGAUGGAAGCACAGCAUAUGUGCGCCAGUUUGCUUCGUGUCCAAUCUGUAUGGAUCAAAAUGUCAGCAAUCCUUUUCAAUUCGAAAUCACUGACUGUUUCAAAGAUGCUCUGACAAAAGAUCAUACAAUCUGUCUUGAAGGUCACAGCCCGCUUGUUGUUAACUUGCGUGACAUAUACCCAGAAUUAUUCUUCAUGGAUUUAGAUCCAUCGUUGAUCCUUGCCUCUAAUGAUCUAAACUUCACAGAAUCAAAUGACAACUUGGUCGGAGAAGGAAGCUUUGCAAAAGUGUAUAAAGGGUCUCUUGGCAGCUCGUUGGUGGCAUUAAAAGUCUACAAAUUCAAAAUGAACACGAAUCGGAAUACGUUUGAUGCGCUUGCGCACUUUUUUAACGUGAGGCGAGAAGUGGCUGUUUUAAGCAGUGCAAGGAGGCAUCCUUACAUUGUUCCGUUUUACGGACUUGCUUUACUGCCAAAACUAUGCCUAGCGAUCGAAUAUACCGAUAAAGGAACCCUGCGAAAGAUUCUGAAUGAUUCGCAAUGGCCAAUUCAAAGGAUUGUCAUAUACCGCAUCGCUCAGCAAGUAGCUGAUGCCAUUGUAUUUUUGCAUUCAGCAAAAAUUAUCCACAGGGACUUGAAAUCAGAUAAUGUUUUGGUAUUUUCAUUAGAACCUCAUAGUACCGUUAAUGUCAAGGUGGCAGAUCUUGGCGAAGCUAACUUCAUAUCUCCGACUGGGUUGAACAAUGUUGCUGGCUCUAUUCGAUACAAGGCCCCAGAAAUCAUCAGCAAAAGUAUUCAAGGCAAUUUUGAAAUGCAGGAAUACGACAGCAAGGUCGAUGUCUAUUCGUUCUCAAUGUUGUUGUAUGAAUUGAUGUCAAGACGGAUUCCAUUUUAUGAGAUGGAAUCUGAUGAAAUUGGCAUGGCUGUUUUCCGUAAUGAGCGCCCCAGUUUGGAUGAUGUUUGUUUCACCAAGUACUCGCUUUUAACAUUAAAGGAGCUUAUGUUGAAGUGCUGGGUACAAGAUCCCGUGAUGCGCCCUGAAUCAAAAGUUGUCAGUUUCCAAUUGAAGUCACCAAGUUUCUAUCUUCUUUAUGGCUUAAACAAAAUUUCAAGCAAUAGUUGUCAGCCAUGUUUUAUCCAAAUGAUGAACGAGUUAUGGAUGGUGGAAGAUGCUGGUCCGGAUGGACUAUCAGUAGUUGUUUUUGACAUGGAAACUACUUUCGUCAAGCAGCGAUUCUAUCCUGAAAAUGAUGCUUUUGUUGCAGAUAAGCACAGCUGGUUGAAAGUUUCAUUCAUCUGUGAAAUUGACUUUGAGCAUGUGGCUUUGAUUUUUAGUUACAAGGCUGACUAUGUCAAAAUCUAUUCAAUUGAGACGAAACUGGCAAUGCGGUCCUUCACACUGCCUUUCAUUGGUACAAGGGCUAUUGUGGCUACGUUAGGUUUCAUUGCCAUCGGAUUUGAAAAUGGUGUCUUCUUAAAGGUGAAAAGUGAAGAUUUUGUAGCUGGACGAUUGGGUAGCGUCACUAGGUUUGUCGUCAACGAUGGAAGACCCAUUUCUUCAAUGUUUGCUUGCGACACAGGACCUAGAUUGUUUGUCUGCUGUGAUGAAUCUGUUUACAGAUAUCCUAUACUGCCUGAAGACCCAGCUGAAAUCAGUAAAGCAAAUGUUGGGUUUAAUGUUGAAAACAAGGUGAUAUUUGCGUUCCGAAAACUUCUUUUUAUUUCUGAUGCAAAGGGCAGUCCCAAAAUUAAAAUUUUCGGAAAAGAGACUUUGGCUUUGAUCGGCAGUAUAGAUUGUGGGAAGAAACUAAACAUGAUUUGCCCAAGCUGUGUGGUGAAAAAUAUGAGAAUUACUUGUUUCUGUAUUAAUGAAAAUGCCCUCUGGGUAGGCAUGGGCACUGGCCACCUUCUUAUAUAUCAGGUUAAGGAAGGUCAAAAACCUGAGUUUAUCACCUGGUUGAGACCAUAUAGAACUGCUGUACAAUCGAUUACAACGUUUGAAAGCCCUAAACCGGGGAAGUUUGUUGUAACGACAGGUGAAAAUUUGAACCCCUCUGUUUUGUGCUAUGGAGAUGUUCAGCUUUGUCAGCUCACAACAAAACUUCUUCAUCAAGGGACUCAAGAUGCGAAUGAUUCUACUUUAGAAGGCUCCCAAAUUGCAAAUAAGAACUCUGCAAUUUUGGUUUGGGAAUGCUUGGACCCUUGUGUGCUGAAAAGGAUUGCCGCAAAGCCGUAGAAAAGAAAACUUCAACAUGGCAAAGUCAUUCUGCAGCAUAACCUGCCUGUGUUUAUGCCUCGCUUUCAAUUGCGGAAAUGAAAAUAGAUAGAAAUGCUUUCAUUUUUUUUAUCACGUUAAGUAUACUAGGGACUUUAACAUUGAAAUAUUGUGUUGAGAUUUCAGUAUAAUUAUCAUUGGGUUACUGUUGUCAUGAAGUUACGAGGUCGAGGUUACGAGGUCGAAGCUACUAGGUCAAAGCUACGAGGUUGAAGCUACGAGGUCGAAGUCUCGGACAUGUCAAGUACUAGACCAUCAAUUUUCUAUUUCGUAUUUUAGAAUUUUAUUUGAUUAGCGCUUCUACCUGCCUUUCCAUUUUUAGAAAUUUUCAGAAAUUCCUUAGUUUUUGGCUUUGACACUUUUUUUUGAGAUAUGUAAAAAGACGACGAGUGAAUGAAAAUCGUAGGAAUUUGUUUAGGAUAGUGACUGUGCUUCUUUCUAAUAAGCUGGGGAAGUCGGGGCUCGGGAGUCGGGGGCCGGGUGGGGCAAGGGCCUCCACAGCGACCAACACUUUAAAGAGGGGCGCUUGAAAAAUGUAAACGAAAAGACCACUCGCCAUAACUGCAUCCCUUCACACUUAUCCGUUAAUUGUUCACACUUGGUAGCCUCAUUGUUAAACAAAGGCCUCUAUUUGAAAAUGUGACAAUUGGUAAUAGCGACCGUCCAUUGUUAAUCAUGCUAUUGUUAGCAUAUUAUUCUGGAGCAAUGUGAACAUGACAUCAUAGACUUUGCAGGAGUUAUAGCGCUUACAGUUCAGGAAACAAUGAAGGUUUUGAACUUGUUUGUCGUCAUGGUAUCCGCCCAGCAUCAUGUUUUGCUUUUUUGAUAUUACUCCCAUAAAUAGAUGCAUUGCAAACUUACAAACUUGUAAUGUAUCUAGCCUGUAAUCAAUCUAUAUGUCAUCAUCUCUGUAUCAUGUUUGUAAUGUACUGCUGUCACUAUGCUUUGUACUCUGGUGUUGUUGAUUGAUUGUAACCAGAUUCAUAUAUUUUGAGUAAUUGUGAUUAACAAUGCAAGUCAGUCGUGAUUCAGAAUAUGAUGAAUACAGGCGUAUGAACCAGUGUCUUUUAUUAGCGUUAACGCUACAUUUUGGUGACAGGAAUGGCGACCAACAUUAUUCCGGAAUGAUUCAGCUCUGGCGAUCUCCUUUCGUGGUUUCGCCAUUUUGAGCGCUGUGCUCAAGCCAACUCGUGGAAUGAGGAAACCCGCUUGUACAAACUGCCCGCUUUUCUACAAGGACCGGGCGCAUCCUAUUUCGAGUCACUUGACGCUCGUGAUCGCAUCACAUACCAAGAGUUGGUCGACGGUCUGAAGAACUGUUUUGCCCCUGCAGUAAACCAGGAACAGUAUUAUCGAGAGCUUGAGGAACACCGUUUACGACCAACAGAGGACCCCACCCUUUACUUUUGGCGACUUAAAGAUGCCCUCCACCUCCACCGGAUUUAUCCGAAGAUGCCUUUGAUGCCCUUUUGCGACGCCAGUUCUUCAAAGGCCUACCUAAUGUUGUCCAACUGAAGCUCUUGGAAUCCCAUCCUAACCCAGGAUUGGACGAAAUGUUGGCGUUUUCGAAACGGUUUCGAUCGCUUGAAGUUUUGCCCUCCGGCAAUCCUGCAUGUGCUACUACCACCCACAUCGUUCCUCCGCAGUUUCCUUGCGAUGAGCUGCAAUGCAAGUCAUGCGAUGACCUACCAAUGUUGUUGACCCAAGUUGUGGAAGGCCAGAACCAAUUGAUCGCAGCUAUCGGUGAAUCAAGGAGAAGCAGUCGGCCAGAAAUUCGUUGUUUUGAGUACCGUGAAGUGGGCCACAUGAGACGGCACUGUCCACGCCGAAGACGUUCUGGAAAGGGACAUCGACAAUGCUCACUUUGAUCCGGAUGGGGACACAACGAAAGUAUCUGUGCCAAUAACAAGGGCCGAUUCACCAAGGAAGGUAACGGGCCUAGGCAUCUCCAUUUCCGGACAAUCGACAAUUUGUUAAUUCAGCUAGGCCUCAUUAUUUAAAUGGUAGUAAGGCGUCUUUAAACGUCCAGGGGGUGCCUCGUUAAGGGGCUGGAACGACGAGCACCCCUCUGUUUUUGCUGUUGGUUCUGCUUCAGACUUUCGUUUGAAACCCUUAGCUCCUCGCCAACCCCUGCUAUUUUGUGAGCUUGAAGGUGUGCAGGUUCCAAUUUUAAUUGAUACUGGUUCCAUGAAAUCCCUGCUUAGUUCAAGUGUCUUUCAGCGUAUUUCUGCACGCUGUGUACACCAAAACAAAGCCCUUCCUCCACUUCGAAGCAUAUCCAACAGUUGUGUUUCUUUUACCGGACAGCCGCUAAAUUCUUCAGGUUCAGCAGAUAUUUCUUUGUCUUUUCCGGGAAGCCAAUUUUUGUAUGUGGGAGAGUUCUUGGUAUGUUAUAAUGUGCUUGCCCCUCUGCAAUGUGUACUUGGUUGGGAUUUUUUGACCUUUUCUUCUUUGCAGUUGACUGUCGUAGGGGAUUCCUAUUGCCUUGUUGGGCCCCAUGGCAGCACACCUUUGACCCCUUUGCCUCUUCCUGUCCAACCACCAACCCAAGGUCUUUCUGCCCCUGUCAAUUCAUCUUGUAAGGAAUAUCUACCUGUUUUUGUCCAAUCAUCAGACUAUGGACCAGUCUUUGUGACCGACAUUAUAUUAUCCCCAAGGGUUGUAAAGAAAAAAUAGGUAUGGUAUGUAGCCUCAGUGAGGAUUCUGAAUCAUCUUAUAUUACUGCAUACAGUAUCAGUCAAGCCUCUGAGCGGAUGAUACCAGUAAGAAUUCUCAAUCCGUCUAAAUCUUCUGUUGAACUUCAUGCAGGCCAAAAAAUAGCUAGGUUUUGGCCAGUUAUACCCUUCAGCCUCAUCUAGUCCACCUAUACACAACAUGUGCGCUAGUGUUCAAAACAAUAAGUUUGAUUCAGUUACCUUGUCUGAGUUACAUGCAGCUAUUAGUCCUAAUCUUAGUAAGUCAGAUCAGAAACAGAUUCUUGAGACAUUGCUUUUUUUUCUAGAUGUUUUUAACGAUGGUUUAGGCUAUACCUCGGUAUUAUCUCAUAGUAUAAAUACUGGUGACUCUUUGCCAAUAAAGCAGCAUCCACGACGGUUGCCUUAUCAUUAUAGAGGAGAAAUUCAUAAACUGGUUAAUGAAAUGUUAGAAAAAGGGGUUAUACCACCAAGCACUAGCCCUUGGGCGUCUCCCGUUGUCCUUGUUAAAAUGAUGGGUCCUAUAGAUUUUGUGUUAACUACCGCAAGCUAAACCUUGUCACCAAGCAAGAUGCUCACCCCUUGCCUAGAGUAGAUGACCUUCCUGAUUCUCUAAAUAGCAACAAGCUCUUUAGUAUUCUUGAUCUCCGCAGCGGUUACUGGCAUGUAAGUAUAACCUCAGAAGAUAGAGAAACAACAGCUUUUAUUACCCCCUGUUGGCCUAUUUGAAUUCCUUCCUAUGCCAUAUGGGUUAUCAACAGCUCCAGCAACAUUUUCUAGGGCCGUUAGCAUUAUAUUAUCAGGUUUAACCUAUGAUAUAUGCCUUUGUUAUUUUGAUGA